AUGUUUGAAGUUCCUGAGGAAGAAGUUGGUUAUAGGAGCAGUGAAGACAGUAGCCCUGUAAUAAGUGAGGAGAGUGAAAGAGAGACUGAAUCAUCACAGGCCUUAGUAUCUUCAUCACCAACAAUUAGCAGCUCAUUGCAGGAGUUGCCUAGUGAUAGAGAAACUGAUGUUGAGAUACAAAGUAUUGAGUCUAAAGGAGAUCUUUCUUUACCUGGAUAUACCAUUACAUGGGACAAUGUUGGCAAGAUGACAAAGGCAUGCCAUCAAAACACAAACAGACAGAACAAAAUGAUGCUGUGGGCCUUAUCAUAUUGUGCAGAAAAUCGCAUCCCUACUACUCAUAUCACUGCUGAAGAGGUUCUAAGGGCUGUUGACAUUCCCAUGAAAAAGUUUCUGCCCAUGAAGCACGACCUUCAAGAAGUAAGAAACUGCAUGGAAAUCAUUGUCAUGCGAAUAAUUCAGCAACAUGUUCCUUACUUUGCCAACAGCAAGGUUGUGAAACACAUUAGGCACAAAUACUGGAGGGAAUCAAAUAAAAAGAGCAAAGUGAUCAGUCUCGGGGUUUGUCAAGAGAAUCCUUCAACUGCAGCAAGUACCAUUAUGAUUUUAGAAAAUUUACACCAAUACGUGCCAGUGCAUGAAGACAGAACUCAUGAGAUACUCUGUUUUGGGGAUGGACUUUCCUGUGAGCGCCAUAAUGAUGCUUACUUGAGUAGGUCAAAUGGAGAAAGUGUUAUGGACAGACUGCAGGGUCUACAACCCCAAGUUCAAGAAUUUCAUAAGAGAAUGCUACUCAUGCCGGAUAUUAUGAACUUAUUUUUCCAUGGCUCAAGUGCAGCCGAAAAAGGAACUCUAUUCCACCUAAAAAAUGUGUUAAGACAUAGAUCCGCGAAGAAGGAUGUAGGUAAAACCUUCAAUCUUGCUGCAGAUACAUCAAGUUUGUAA